CUCCGUGUGACGUACCUGCCGCCGCUGUUGGUUGGAGCAUUUGACAUUGUGCAGCAAAGAAAUGGUUAUGGAGAAGCCCAGUCCGCUGCUUGUAGGGCGGGAGUUUGUGAGGCAAUAUUAUACUUUGCUGAAUAAAGCUCCAGAAUAUUUACACAGGUUUUAUGGCAGGAAUUCUUCCUACGUCCAUGGUGGAGUAGACGCUAGUGGGAAGCCCCAGGAGGCGGUUUAUGGCCAAAAUGAUAUACACCACAAAGUAUUAUCUCUGAACUUCAGUGAAUGUCAUGCUAAAAUUCGUCACGUGGAUGCUCACGCAACCUUGAGUGAUGGAGUGGUCGUCCAGGUCAUGGGUCUGCUGUCUAAUAGUGGACAGCCGGAGAGGAAGUUUAUGCAGACCUUUGUUCUGGCUCCUGAAGGAUCUGUUCCAAAUAAGUUUUAUGUUCACAAUGCUAUGUUUUGUUAUGAAGAUGAAGUAUUUGGUGAUUCUGAACCAGAACUUGAUGAAGAAUCAGAAGACGAGGUAGAAGAGGAACAAGAAGAAAGGCAACCGUCUCCAGAACCUGUGCAAGAAAAUGCGGAUAGUGGUUACUAUGAAGCUCACCCCGUGGCUAAUGGCAUAGAGGAGCCUUUGGAAGAAUCCUCUCAUGAACCUGAACCUGAGCCAGAAUCUGAAACAAAGACUGAAGAACUAAAGCCACAAGUGGAGGAGAAGAACUUAGAAGAGUUAGAGGAGAAGUCUACUUCUCCUCCUCCUGCCGAACCUGUUUCUCUGCCACAGGAACCACCAAAGCCAAGAGUUGAAGCUAAACUGGAAGUUCAGUCUCAGCUACCUCAUGUGCGUGAACAACGACCUAGAGAACGACCUGGUUUCCCUCCUAGAGGAUCGAGACCAGGCAGAGGAGAUAUUGAACAGAAUGAAUCUGACAACCGUAGAAUAAUCCGCUAUCCAGACAGUCAUCAACUUUUUGUUGGUAACUUGCCACAUGAUAUUGAUGAAAAUGAACUGAAAGGGUUCUUCAUGAGUUUCGGAAACGUUGUGGAACUUCGCAUCAAUACGAAGGGUGUUGGGGGAAAGCUUCCAAACUUUGGUUUUGUGGUUUUUGAUGACUCUGAACCAGUUCAGAGAAUCUUAAUUGCAAAACCAAUUAUGUUUCGAGGGGAAGUACGUUUAAAUGUAGAAGAGAAAAAAACGAGAGCUGCGAGAGAGCGAGAAACCAGAGGUGGUGGUGAUGACCGCAGGGAUAUUAGGCGCAAUGAUUGAGGUCCUGGUGGUCCACGUGGCAUAGUGGGCGGUGGAAUGAUGCGUGACCGGGACGGAAGAGGACUUCCUCCGAGAGGUGGCAUGGCACAGAAACUUGGCUCUGGAAGAGGAACCGGGCAAAUGGAAGGCUGCUUCACAGGACCGCGUCGCUGAAGCUCCACUGUUGGCAAAGUCUUGGCAGUGGUACAUUAUUCAUCGUGUUUGCAUUCUUGUUAAAUUUUUUUUGGCUUUGGAAUGUGACACAGCCUUUUUGAUCAUUUCUUUGAUGUGAAAAGCAUCUUUUGGUUAUCAGUUAAAUUGAGGUGGACAUUAUUUCCCCAAUUUCACAACAGGAGUCACAUUGUUAAUUUAUAAAUCUAGACUUGGAGAAUUAAGGACUGAGAAAUGACCAUAUCUUAAACUGUCUACAACAAAAUGAACUUAAAAGGACAUGCCCAACUGAAUUCAGGUCCUUUGAGUCAAAAAAAAAAAAAAAAAUCCUCUGCUGCACAUUUUGUUUAAGUGUUACUGUUUCUGCCUAUUAAUGUUGGAAACACAAAUAGUGCAAUUUGUGCAAUUGGAGAAUCUUGCCUUUUUUCUUGGCUCCCCCCCAAAAUACAACCCAACAGAAACUUGUUAUGCACUCAUCAAAAUGCACUAAUGGGUACUCUGAACUCAUUAACAUUGACAUCUGCAACAGGAGGCAACAGGGGGAAAAAUCUUUCUUUUUUUCCAGUAGAGAAUAGUUUGUGAAAUGAUGAGGGCAUUUUAUCUGCUUGCUGUGACCAGCGUGUGUACACAUAAACCUUAACAAGACUACAAGUAUAUUCCAGAAGGGAAUCAUUUAGUUAUGAACUAAAUAACAAAAAUCAGAACUUCAAAUGCUAUGGUCUUGAAUAUCAGAGCAGAUUUAGUUGCUCAUAUCUAAGAUUUUUCUACCUGCCCCUCUUCAGGACAGGGAUGGCUGGCUGCUCAACACACUCCUCCCUUUUCCUUCCUUCCAGUUGUGUACAGUGAAAAUUGUCUUUACUGUAUUUUCGUUCUCUGGUAAUGUAAUAAGCAUGAUGGUGCCUUCUACUAACACGUCAUUCCAGUCUUGCUGGUGACUUUGUACAGUGUAGUGUGUGACCUGCUGCAAAGCCAAACAGCUGCGAAAUGUUGAAAAAUCAUUGAAGUGUGUAAAAAUUACAGUAUCUUUAAAAUCAGUAAAGUCGACUAGCAUUUUA